CGUGAGGCCACCUCAAGGGACUAGGGAGAGCUUGUUCGCUCCAAGAGAGUAAAUCAGCUACCUUCUAAGAAACAUCCUUCUCAGUUUUGACAGCUCCUCUUCUUGACACUUUCCGUUCUGCGUUCCGCGGAGCAGUCUGGAGUCAUGAGCAGCAGGAAACUAAGACGAGUGGGUUUAUCACAAGAGCUAUGUGACCGUCUGAACAGACAUCAGAUUGUUACCUGUCAGGACUUUUUAUGUCUUUCCCCACUGGAGCUUAUGAAGAUCACUGGCCUCAGUUAUCGAGGCGUCCAUGAACUUCUGCGUGUGGUCAGCAGGGCCUGUGCCCCACAGAUGCAAACGGCCUAUGAGAUAAAGGCCCGCAGGGCUGCUGCCGCCUCGCCUGCGUUCCUGCCUACGACCCUGCCUGCGCUGGACGAAGCCCUGCACGGCGGCGUGGCUUGCGGGUCCCUCACAGAGAUUACAGGUCCACCAGGCUGUGGAAAAACUCAGUUUUGUAUAAUGAUGAGUGUUUUAGCCACCUUGCCCACCAGCAUGGGAGGAUUGGAAGGAGCUGUUGUGUACAUCGACACAGAAUCUGCGUUUAGUGCUGAACGACUGAUUGAGAUAGCAGAAUCUCGUUUCCCCAGAUAUUUUAACAGUGAGGAAAAGUUACUUUUGACAAGCAGUAAAGUUUAUCUUUAUCGGGAACUCAGCUGUGAUGAAGUUCUUCAAAGGAUUGAAUCCUUGGAAGAAGAAAUUAUUUCAAAAGGAGUUAAACUUGUGAUUGUUGACUCGGUUGCAUCUGUGGUGAGAAAGGAGUUUGACACACAACUUCAGGGCAACAUGAGAGAAAGGAACAAGUUCUUGGCAAGAGAAGCAGCCUCCUUGAAAUAUUUGGCUGAGGAAUUUUCAAUCCCAGUUAUCUUGACGAAUCAAAUUACAACCCAUCUGAGCAGAGCGCUAGCUUCUCAGGCAGACCUGGUGUCUCCAGCUGAUGAUUUGUCCCUGUCUGAAGGCACUUCUGGACCCAGCUGUGUGACUGCUGCACUAGGGAACACCUGGAGCCACAGUGUGAAUACUCGGCUGAUUUUCCAGCACCUUGGUUCAGAGAGAAGACAGAUUCUCGUCGCCAAGUCCCCUCUGGCUCCCUUCACCUCAUUUGUCUACACCAUCAGGGAGGAAGGCCUGGUUCUUCAAGGCCAACAGAGGCCAUAAGGACACUGUGACCUUUGUCUAGAGCUGAUGGGGACGUGAUUUGUGAAAUGAAACAGGACUACACUGCUCGGAAGAAGGAAACGGAAGCCACUGUAAUGGGGAUUAAUUACUUGAUUGCUGCUGAGAUGGUAACAGACUUGCCCCCAUACCAUUGAGCCAGCCGUCCCAGACCUCGCAGGGACAGUGAAGACGAAGACGUCUUUGUUCGGGCCUCUAGAUGCGUGGGGCUCUCGGCUUUGCCGCCAUGGGAUGUCCACAGCCAUAAUAAUAAUAAUUUGCACUUAUAUAGCACCUUUCAACCAGGCACCUCAAAGCGGUUUAACCACGUUCAUUAAUUAAAGCCCACAAUCCCCCUGGGGAGAGGAGGAGGAUGACUAACAGGAUUUGUAAUUACAGGAGAGAACAUUUCCGAAUAAAGUAUUGUCCACCAAAUAAAAAGAGGAG